UUUGUGAAGGUGUACAUGGAAGGCAUUCCAAUAGGGAGGAAACUCAACGUAUUAGCACAUGGAAGCUACCAUGAGCUUGUUAAGAGACUUGAGAACAUGUUCGAGACCACCAUUCUCUGGGGUACAGAGAUGGAUGAAGUUGUAGUUCAACCUGGUGAGAGAUGCCAUGUAUUCACUUAUGAAGAUGACAGAGGAGAUCUUGUUAUGAUUGGGGAUAUUCCUUGGGAGAUGUUUGUUUCCCCUGUAAAGAGGUUGAAGAUCACAAGGGUAGACACAUUCAGUAGCUUCAGAGACACCACUGAGGUUUCCAAUUUUGUUCUUAGUACUACUACUACUAGUGUAGUCUUAAUUACAAGUGUUGAAUCAUCAAAACUAUGCACAAAGAUGAGAAAUCAAUGCAAGGAGCCGGUAGAGGAGAAGGACACCGAGUAUAGAGAUGCCGACCCAGCGUUGGACUUAGAGAUUUCCAUGCAACCCGAGCCCCCACAUCCACUAGCUGAAGGUGGAGGAACGUAG